AUGGAUAGAAAAUCUGCUAGAAUAAAAGCAGAGUUGCAAAGAUAUGGUUGGAGAGUUUCGAAGAAGUUUAAAUAUAGGAAGGGAAGACCCAUAAAAGUCUAUGACAAAUUGUCUGGUCUUCGCUACGAAAUGGAUUUGGAAACAGCACGUGCAAAUUAUCCAAACAGACUAGAGAGGUUAGAAGAAGAACGUCUUAUGGACAUGCCUUUCGAUGUUAGUGAACCUCAAGUUGAAGGACAUGACGGCUUUGCCAGAUUCUACUGGAAACAUGACGAACAAUUGCAUCCUUUGAGAAGGAAAAAAGGUAGUGCAGAGGAUGGUCAUGCUCCCAUGGAAAGAACAAGAUAUGCAUAUGAGAAGUACCGUGAAGUUAGAAGUCAAAUUACUUCUGGUCGAACCUUUACAGUAAACUUUGACGAAGGAAAGAACAAAGAAGGCUUCAUGGGUGUACUUGCUGCCAUACAAGACGGAAAUAAGAAAGGACACAAUCUCAGAAUGACCAUAACAGAUUUGGAUGGUCACAUUUACUAUGCACAUGGCAAUGAACAAACAGCCGCAAAACUUCUUGACGCUUUCAAGACUACAAAGAGAGAACAAAUGGUUGACUCCGACUCAGACAUUUUGAAUGCAAUUGAAGGAAUUGCAAGUGUCAAGUUCGAAUGGUACCAACCUAACCCUCAAGCAGUCAGACAACAUGCUGGAUACUUCCCCUUCAGAAAUAAGUCUGACAUUGACUUGACAAGGUAUGGAAUUUACAAUUCAAUUGAAACAAUUGUCAAUGAACCUUGCAUUCUUACAUGUCUCAGGAACUCUGGUCUUGUUACAGAUGAGAAAAUGAAGUAUCUUGAGUCAUGUGUGAAGACAAGGUACAUUCUCAGAGGUCAAUUGGCAAAAAUUGCACCUUUGGCAAAUGUCAAUAUCCGAGUCAACAUACCUACAGCUAAAGGUUCUUCACAUGACGACUAUGUUGUUGACUUCAAAUUGCCAUGGUUGAAGAUU